GGUACCACGACUCCCCCCGCCAUGUGCUUCACAAAAAUAAAUAAAAUUGUCUUAUCCACUGAAAUGUCUGCAUAAACGUGGGCAACCCACCGGCAACUCCCCGCAGCGUCAUCAUCAAUCUGCUAGCUACCUGCCUUACCUUCCCGCCCACCAAGACUACCUACCACCAAGUAUCUACCUAGUCCCCUAGGUACCUAUACUUACCUGUACAUACCCAUAGUGUGGACAGCCCCGCCUAGGCUAGGUUACUUAGGUAUCCCAGGCCCUCUCUCGCCUCACUGCAUCUAGUGAGAGCAAGCGCUACCAACUUUUUCUCUUGCCUCUUCUUGUGCCUGUCUUGUUGGCCUAAGGUUCGGAGAUAAGAAACCCUACUUGUUGGAAGACAACUAGGUCAGGCAAUGUCUAGGGAUUCUUCUGGGAUAUGAUAGAAUAGACCUACCACAUUCCUACCUCUUACCCAUCCUUGAUCAUCUCUCCGCCUCCUCUACGGUUGUCCAAACGCCGCACCUUUGUCACCCCUCCUUGUCUUGCCUCCUCUACCAGGUAGGCGACUUGUCGAUAUUUUUUAAACACGACACGGCCGAGAAUAUAUAUCACGUUCGAACACCUCUACUAGAAUCUAUCUACUCCGCUUCGCUGCGUAGUGCGACUAGUAAGACGCCGCAAUCUCCUCAAACCCUGUCUAGCCACGAGUCCAGAAAGCAAAAGCCAUCAAGAUGCCGCCGAAAAAGAAGGGAGGAAAGAAGGCUGCCGACGACUGGGAGGCUGACCUUGGUGAGAGCAUUGCACCCACUAAUGGUGAUGCCGCACCCGCCGCCGCUGCCGACACUGCCGGUGAACAGCCCGAGGAAGAUGAUGCCCCCGUUGGUGGCCUCAUGGCUUUCCGCAAGAAGGCCAUGGAGAGACGUAAGAAGAAGGGCUUGUCUGAGAACUUCGUGGACGGCGACUCGGCACAACCAGCUACCCCGGAACCCACUGACAUCACCUCCUUCCAACCCCCCCAAGAGGCGACCGCCGAGGACGAAUUUGCUCUGCCAGAGAAGAAGGGCAAAGGAGGGAAGCAGAAUAAGAACCAGCCUGCUGCCAAAGCCACCCCCGCUGCAGCCGAUGAUGAUGAUGCCGACGGGGGUAGAAUACUCACGAAGGCUGAGAAAGAGAAGCUGAAGAAGGAAAGGGAGAAGCAAAGGAAAAAGGAACAGGCCGCGAAAAAGAAAACAGCCGCACCUGCGCCUGCCGCGAAAGCCGCGGAACCCGCCAAACCUGCUGCCGAGGAAAAGAAAGAGGAUCCAGCGUCAGCACCCGCUGCAGAGGCCCCGGGAAAGAAGGGUAAGAAGCUGCCGGCUCACUUGGCUGCCAUCCAAAAACAACAGGAGGAAUUACGGCGACAACGUGAAGAAGCUGAGAAAGCUGCCGAGCACGAGAAAACCCGCCUCGCGGAAUUAGAGAAACAAGAAGCCGAAGAGGUCAAGCGAAAGGAGGAAGAAAGGGCUCGCAAGAAGCAGAAAGAAAAGGAGAAAAUUGAGCAACUCAAGAAAGAAGGAAAAUAUCUCACCAAGGCCCAGAAGGAAGAGAAAGCUCGCAAUGAGAGAAAGCUACAGCAGAUGAUCCAGGCUGGCCUCCAGGUUGGACCCUCAGAUGAUGGCGAGGAGAAGAAGAAAAAGGUUACCUACGACAGCAAGAAGCGUGGCAAAAAGAAUGAGCAGAAGGUUGAUGAAGAGAAACUUCUAGCCGAAGCUGCCGAGAGGGCCAGAUUACAAGCUGAAGCUGCAGCUAAAGAGGCUGAAGCUAAGGCCGCUGCAGAAGCCGCCGCGCAAGCUGCUGCUGACGAAGCUGCUAAGAAAGCUGCUGCAGAGGACGAGAUCGAGGAUGAUUGGGAAGCAGCCGCAGCUUCGGGUGACGAUGUCAAAGACAGCUGGGACGCCGAUUCAGAUGAAGAGGCUGCAAAGGAACCCGCCAAAGAAUUACCCUCACGGCCCAAGGCCAAGGCAGCAGCCGAGUCUAAUUCCGAGUCAGAAGAGGAGUCUUCUGAGGACGAGGAACAAUCAGCAGCUCGUGCCGCUGUGGCUCAGCGCAAGAAGGAGGCAGCCGAGCGGAGGGAGAAAGCCCACCAGGCUGCUUUGGCUGCUAGAUCCAAGGAGAACCUUCGUAGCCCCAUCUGCUGUAUCUUGGGUCACGUCGAUACUGGCAAGACAAAGCUGCUAGAUAAAAUCCGGCAAACCAACGUCCAAGAAGGCGAAGCAGGUGGUAUUACACAGCAGAUUGGUGCUACAUAUUUCCCAGGUGAGGCUAUCAAGCAAAAGGUCGCUGUUGUCAACACAGAUGGAAAGUUUGAGUUGAAGGUACCCGGUCUUUUGAUUAUUGACACACCUGGUCACGAGUCUUUCUCCAAUUUGCGCUCCAGAGGUUCCUCGCUUUGCAAUAUUGCUAUUCUAGUUGUCGAUAUCAUGCACGGUCUCGAGCCCCAGACACUUGAAUCGAUGAAGUUACUCCGUGACCGGAAGACACCGUUUAUUGUGGCACUGAAUAAAAUUGAUCGUUUAUACGGUUGGAAGAAGGUCGACAACAACGGAUUCCAAGAGAGUCUGGCUCUUCAAAGCCGUGGUGUACAGAACGAAUUCAAGAAUCGGUUGGAGCAGACCAAGCUCGCCUUUUCCGAGCAAGGAUUCAAUGCCGAGGUUUUCUACGAGAACAAGUCCAUGGCUCGAUACGUCUCAUUGGUGCCCACCUCCGCUCACACUGGAGAGGGUAUCCCGGAUAUGUUGAAGCUCAUUCUACAGUUAACACAAGAACGCAUGGUCGGUUCGCUCAUGUACCUCUCAGAAGUACAAGCCACCGUUCUUGAAGUCAAAGCUAUUGAGGGUUUUGGUAUGACUAUCGAUGUUAUCUUAUCUAACGGCAUUCUUCGAGAAGGCGAUCGAAUAGUCGUGUGCGGUGUCGAAGGAGCUAUCACUACAAACAUCCGAGCUUUACUUACUCCGGCAGUCAUGAAAGAGCUGCGUGUCAAGUCACAAUAUGUACACAACAAGGAAGUGAAGGCAGCUAUGGGUGUCAAGAUCAGUGCACCUGGCCUCGAAGGCGCCAUUGCCGGCUCUCGACUGCUCGUGGUCGGACCUGAUGACGAUGAAGAAGAAUUAGAGGAAGAAGUUGAAGCAGAUCUGAACAAGCUGUUCAGCCGUGUUUCGACUUCAGGACGUGGUGUCAGCGUGCAAGCAUCAACCCUUGGUUCACUCGAAGCCCUUCUCGAUUUCUUGAAGGAUUGCAAGAUUCCCGUGGCUAAUGUGGGUAUCGGCCCUGUGUUUAAGCGUGAUGUAAUGCAGUGUGGUACGAUGUUGGAAAAGAAUCCGGAUUACGCUGUCAUGCUCUGUUUCGAUGUCAAGGUCGAUAAGGAGGCGCAGGCUUAUGCCGAGGAGAACGGAAUCAAGAUUUUCACUGCCGACAUCAUUUACCACCUGUUUGACGCCUUCACGAAACACAUGGCGGAGCAACUCGAGAAGAAGAAGGAAGAGUCUAAGCUUCUCGCCGUCUUUCCCUGUGUCCUCAACACCGUAGCAGUCUUCAACAAGACCAACCCGAUUGUUGUGGGUGUCGAUGUAGUCGACGGUAGUCUCCGUGUUGGCACGCCCAUAGCUGCUGUGAGGCAGAGUGCCACAGGUGGCAAGGAGAUCGUUAGUAUGGGCCGAGUAUCGUCAAUUGAAAGAGAUCACAAGCAGAUCCCAGUCUGCAAGAAGGGCCAGCCCUCAGUAGCCGUCAAGAUUGAGAUGGGCGGCCACCAGCCAACGUACGGCCGACAGCUCGAGGAGUCUGAUACACUAUACAGUUUGAUUUCGCGCGCGAGCAUCGAUUGUCUGAAGGAAUUCUAUAGAAAAGAGGUCACGAACGACGAGUGGCAGCUUAUCAUCAAACUUAAGCCCCUGUUCGAUAUCAACUAAGGGUCCGUGCGUACCUAACCUACCUAAGUUUUAACCAAAAUAGAUGGAACAGAUACACAUAGCUCCUACUUAGUAUCUUUUGAUGGCAUUUCACCACAGCGAUAAUGGGUUGUACAACUUCAGCGCUGUAUUGCUAUGGCUUUGAUUCCGGACGGCUACGGCUAGCAUGCGCUCGGCUACCUACUCAGGUAACCAGGCAUAUGACAUCAAUCACAUGUAUUUAUGAGUGGAUGACAGACACGGACAAAAGUGAGAUUCGGGGGGUGUGGGUUUGUUACGGAUAGUCAUUUUUUAAUUGAAUUCUAUUGCAUGCAUAUAACUAACUAACUACUCCAUUUCUCUGUCGUUUCCUAUCUUUAUUUAUUCCCGUUUUUAGUUUUUCAAUUUGAUCAGAGGGGAAUAUGCGUUGUUUUAAAGGGGUGGUCCUUUUUAUCUGAUUGAUUCUAUUUACUGUUCCUAUAUACUCCGUAUUAUAUAUUUAUGUGCCUUGAAGACGGCUUAUGUUAAUGAGGU